GUCUUCAUCACUAUUCUUGGAUGCUCACUCCUAGUAUUCGUUGUUUGUUUGCUCGGCCUUCUUGUGCUUUUUAAGACGAAAAAAUUCCACUAUACGAGACUCUCUCUCCAUCUCUCUAUCCCUAAACCCGAGAUUCAAUCUCACUUCUCAGUCCUCCGGCGAAACAAAUUUUAAUCCUUGAUUGUGUAUGUAAUGGGUGGUUGGCAAAACUAGCAAUGUUGAUUCUUUCAGGCGAAUUUUACAGCAUUAUUUUUCUCUGUUUGCCUCUGCUUCUCUGUUUCUCCGGUGAUGUUCUCACCGCCGGCUCGACUGAAUUCGACUUCGGGACGUUGACUCUGAGCAGUUUGAGGCUUCUCGGGGACGCUCAUUUGAGUAAUGGGAGCGUGAGGCUCACACGAGACCUUGCCGUUCCCAACUCCGGCGCCGGGAGGGUUCUGUAUAGUAAGCCGGUGAGAUUCCGUCAGCCGGACAGUCAUGUUACUGCGAGUUUCUCGACUUUCUUCUCCUUCUCUGUCAUAAAUCUCAACCCAUCUUCAAUCGGCGGUGGACUCACGUUUCUCAUUUCCCCGGACGACGAAGCCGUCGGUGAGGCCGGCGGAUUCCUUGGACUCAUCGAUAUGAAGGGUCUCUCCUCGGGCUUCGUUGCAGUAGAAUUCGACACUCUCAUGGACGUGGAGUUUAAAGACAUUAAUGGAAAUCAUGUGGGACUAGAUCUGAACAGCAUGGUAUCUUCGCAGGUUGGCGAUUUGGGAGCCAUCGGAAUCGAUCUUAAAAGCGGCGAUCUCGUGAACGUGUGGGUCGAAUACGACGGGUCAACUCAGUUGUUCAACAUAUCAGUGUCUUACUCCAAUCUCAAACCCAAAGAACCCCUUUUGUCUUUCGAUCUUGAUCUGGAUCAGUACGUGAACGAUUUCAUGUUUGUUGGGUUCUCCGGGUCGACUCAGGGCAGCACAGAGAUUCACAAUAUCGAGUGGUGGAGCUUCAGUUCAUCUUUUGAUGUGGUCUCGGCCACUGGGUCAUCAUCUCCACCACCUCCAACGGCUAGUUUGAUGAAUCCAACGGCUAAUUCAGUGAUCCCACCGCCACCACCAUCUAUGGCUCCUUCUGCUUCUGAUUCAGUCUCUCAUACGGCUAAGCCGUCUUCAUGCCAUAACCAGCUAUGUAAGCAAGGACCAGGCGCUGUUGCAGGAGUGGUAACAGCGGGAGCUUUUCUUGUUCUGUUUGCUGGUGUUCUUAUCUGGGUAUUCUCUAAAAAAUUCAAACAUGUGAAGAAAUCCGAGUCUCUGGCGUCAGAUGUCAUCAAAAUGCCUAAAGAAUUCACCUACAAGGAGCUCAAGUCUGCAACAAAAUGCUUCAAUUCGACUAGAAUUAUCGGGCACGGCGCGUUUGGGACGGUCUAUAAGGGUAUAAUACCGGACACAGGCGACAUUAUCGCGGUGAAGAGAUGUAGCCAUAGCACCCAGGGAAAGAACGAAUUUUUGUCUGAGUUAUCCAUAAUUGGAAGUCUCAGGCAUAGGAAUCUCGUCAGGCUUCAAGGUUGGUGCCACGAGAAAGGUGAAAUUCUGUUGGUCUAUGAUUUGAUGCUGAAUGGGAGUCUUGAUAAAGCCCUGUUUGAAGCCAGAACACCUUUGCCAUGGUCCCAUAGAAGAAAGAUCCUAAUGGGCGUUGCCUCUGCUCUGGCCUACUUGCACGAAGAAUGUGAAAACCAGGUCAUCCACAGAGAUAUCAAGACCAGCAACAUAAUGUUGGACGAAGGCUUCAAUGCCCGGUUAGGAGAUUUCGGCUUGGCAAGGCAAAUUGAGCACGAUAAGUCGCCGGACGCAACAGUCGCAGCCGGAACAAUGGGGUACCUGGCCCCUGAGUAUCUCCUCACUGGAAGAGCAACUGAUAAGACCGACGUGUUCAGCUACGGAGCCGUGGUUCUAGAGGUGGCCAGUGGAAGGCGGCCCAUUGAGAAAGACACAAGUGGGGUUGGAAAAAAUUUAGUGAGCAGCAAUUUGGUGGAAUGGGUGUGGAGUUUACACAGAGAAGGAAGGCUGUUGACCGCAGCAGACGCAAGGCUUGGAGGAGAGUUCGAGGAGGGAGAAAUGAGGAGGGUGCUGAUGGUUGGACUGUCUUGCUCACACCCAGACCCAAACGCUAGACCCACAAUGAGGGGCGUGGUCCAGAUGCUGGUGGGCGAGGCUGAAGUCCCCAUUGUCCCAAGAGCAAAGCCUUCCAUGAGUUUCAGCACAUCCCAUCUCUUGCUGAGCUUGCAGGACAGUGUGUCCGACUUCAAUGGCAUGAUCACUAUCUCCACCUCCUCAUCUGAUCACAGCUUCAACGGAGGUGCGGAACCGGUGUGAGUGAGUGAAUUUUCAUAUAUUUAUUCAUUUUCCUUUUACAUAAAAAUUCGUUUAUUUAUGUAUGUAAUGUAACACACAAUAACAGGCAAUCUCUAUGCAGAGGAAUGUUCAGAGA